CAUCGAUUGCAUCGGUGUUCGACUUCUCUCCACUCACCGAUCUGCACUCGAUUGGCUUCGCCUUCCCGCUGCUCGCGUGUGUCAUGUUUGGGAGAGGAAAAAACAUGGCAGCGCCCACGAGUGAAGUCCAAAUUGUCCCUGCCAAAAAGCCCACAGUGCGAGCACCACGGCGGGUAGCCAAUCAGAUUCCAGAUGAAAUCCUGCAGGACCCGGAGAUACAGGAGGCGAUCAAAGCCCUGCCUGCAAAUUACAACUUUGAGAUCCACAAGACGAUUUGGCGAGUGAGGCAAGCAAAUGCUAAGAGAGUGGCUCUGCAGCUUCCAGAGGGCCUACAGAUGUUUGCCUGUGUCAUCGCUGACAUCAUCGAGAAGUUCACGGAGGCGGAUACCAUCGUGAUGGGGGACGUGACGUACGGGGCCUGCUGCGUGGACGACUUCACCGCCCGAGCCCUGGGAGCCGAUUUCAUGGUGCACUACGGCCACAGCUGUCUCAUUCCCAUAGACUCCACAGCGGGUAUUAAGAUGCUAUAUGUGUUUGUGGACAUCCAGAUGGACAAUGCACACUUCCUGGACACGGUCAAGUUCAACUUCUCCCCUGGACAGUCUCUGGCACUCGUCAGCACAAUUCAGUUCGUGGCAGCACUGCAGGCUGUGAGCACAGCCCUCAAACCAGAUUACGAUGUGCUAGUCCCGCAGUGUCGCCCUCUGUCACCAGGUGAAAUUUUGGGCUGCACCUCACCUCGCUUGGACCGCCAUGUCAACGCCAUCAUUUAUCUGGGAGAUGGAAGAUUUCACCUGGAGUCAAUCAUGAUCGCAAACCCAGAUAUUCCUGCCUACAGGUAUGAUCCCUACAGUAAGGUGUUCACCAGGGAGUACUAUGACCACGAGGCCAUGCGCUCCUUGAGGCUCCAGGCUAUUGACAAGGCUCGAUCGGCCCAGAGAUGGGGCCUGAUCUUGGGCACGCUGGGCCGGCAGGGAAGCCCCAAAGUCCUGGAGCACCUGGAGUCGAGGCUUGAGUUGCUGGGCAAGUCCUUCACUCGAGUGCUCCUGUCGGAGAUUUUCCCCAGCAAGCUGGAUCUGAUGCAAGAUGUAGAUGCGUGGAUCCAGAUCGCCUGUCCACGCCUCUCCAUCGACUGGGGCACAGCCUUCUCCAAACCCCUGCUGUCCCCAUAUGAGGCAGCUGUGGCUUUACAGGAGGUUGGCUGGAAGGAAGUAUACCCCAUGGACUUCUACUCCAAUCAGAGCCUGGGGCCGUGGGCGCCCAACCACCCUGACAACCAACCUGUGCGGCCCACUCGGAGACAGAAACAAGGCUCAGAGCCAGCCCCUCCUACCAAGCAGUGUGGGCAGAGCCAGUGCGCCCCCUGUGGCUGUCAAGGGGAGUGAUGCAUCGUGAGCGACUCUGUCUGUGCAGACGACUGAAGGGGAGGUCAAACCAGAGAGGGAGGAGAGCCUGUUUUUGUCCAAACAGUCAAUCAGCCAGCAGAGCUAAAGCCAGAGAGAAGCCCUCAGCCGCUCCUCAAACGGAUUACCAGCCAUAAAUAAUCCCUCGUUCUACAGCGCAGCAGAUCAAACCAAAAUUCAUUGCUCUUAUUCACGUACCCUGCAUGUGUUCUGAGCUCAGAAUAUAUGUAACUGAGAGCGUUGCCUGCACGUCAGGUUCCCAUGAAGGAGCCGAGAGAGGAGAUCUUCCCUCACAGGGGAAAUGUGUGGGCCUCUCUGUAAUGAAGACACUGCUUUUGUGAUUGUUGAAGAGAAAGCACGCGAAAAUGACCUUGAGCACGUUGUACGGAAUUAAAGAGGCAAUUGUCAAUGGUAAUGUGGGUGGCUCUAGUCAGAUGCAAUCCCAUCACAGGAGUUUCAGUCACAGACAUAUUAUAUGCAGCACUUUAUUUGUUGUACACUGUGUGACUUUUCACAAGGAUGCUGUGAUGAAACACGGUAUAAAAAUGGGAUGCAUUAUGACAUAACCCUCUCUCACCGUCUUGUUUUUCUACUCAGUUUCUGAAACAAUAAAUCAGAAAAGUAACCCUGCGUCUUUAUGAGUGCAUUUGAUAAACGCAGCAGCAUGCUGCGGGAAUGGGUCUGAGUUUUGUUUUGUGUUUUUUUGUUUUUUUUCAAGGCAGAGGGUAUGAGUUUCCAGAUGCAUGCAGUGCUAGUCACGACUGCUCUCCAUCCUCAUUUUUUAUUGAUGGGGGAGUCUGUCAAUAAGUAAAUAAAUAAAUAAAUGAACACUC